GGAUCUCUUUACGGCAUCAUCGGCAGGGGCAGCAGCGCUUCCCGCUCGGCGCCUGCGCUCGCCGCUCACCGGAGCCUCCGCCGGCCUCGGCACGGCCCAAACCGGGGGUGUCCCCCCCGCUACCCCGUGCUGCCACCGGAGCCCCCCAAAUCCUGCCGGGCCCCCACCCUGAGCGGCGCAGAACGAUGGGCUGAACGCACCCGGCAAAUCGCAGGCACAGGCCGGGCUGGGGGUGCGCCAAACAAAGACCCCCCACCCAAAACAAACCUCCCCUGGGGGUGCUCAGGGGGUCACCGAGCCCCCCUCGGGCCGUGAGGGACCCCCCGGUUGUCCCCGAGGAGCCGCCGGUGCCGGUGUGAGGAGCGACAGCGCCGGGAGCAGCAGGUGCCCCCAUGGCGUCGUUCCGCAUCCGGCAGUACCAGGAUCAGGACUUUGAGGCCGUGCGGGCGCUGUUUGCCCGCGGCAUCCUGGAGCACGCCCCGGCCGGCUUCCGGCACAUUCUGCGGGCGGCGCGGGUGCGCCUGGCACUGCUGGCCGUGUUCGUGGCGGCGCGGGCGGCCGCGGGCUCCUGGGUGCUGGGGCUGGGCGCGGUGGCGCUGGCGCUGGUGCUGCUCUGGGUGCUGGUGCGCUCGCUCAGCGCCGACUACGUGCGCGAGGCGCUGGGCACCGACCUGUGCGACGUGCCCGGCACGUACCUGCGCCCGCCCGACUGCCGCUUCUGGGUGGUUGAAGAGGCCGGCACCGUGGCGGCCAUGGUGGCGGCGGUGCCCACGGGCCGUGGCGAGCUGGAGCUCAAGAGGAUGUCGGUGAGCCGGGAGCACCGGGGCCGCGGGCUGGCGCGGGCGCUGUGCCGGGAGGUGCUGGCGUUCGCCCGUGCCCGCGGGUACGGUGCCGUGGUGCUCAGCACCUCCAUGGUGCAGGUGGCGGCACAGCGGCUCUACGAGGGGCAGGGAUUCCGCAAGGUGGGCGCCUCGUACCCCUCGCUGCUGGGCACCUUGCUGAACUUCCAGAUCUUUCACUACCGCUGUGACCUGGGCGAUGCCAAUAAGUAGGGCCUGGGUGGCGCUGCCACGGUGGCAUGGCACCCCAAACCUGGCACUGCUCCGGCCCUGGCACGGCACCGUGAGCCCGGGACAUGAGGUGUUGCCACGGCACUGCCGUGGCACCCGAACCCUGGCACUGCCGCUGCCCGUGAACCCUGGCACUGCUAUGGCACCCCAAACCCAGCCCCAGGACACCACCCCAGCACUCCGACCCCAAUCCUGGCACAGCAGCACCAGCACAGCACCUCCAUCCCAGGACACAGAGCACCACCGUGGCACCCCAACGUGGCACUGCCUUGGCACCGUGACACCGGGACAUGUGGCGCCACCUUGGCACCGUGACACCAGGACGUGUGGCACCACCCUGGCACUCCAGCUCUGGGACUGCACCACAGCACUCCACCCCUGGCACGUGAAGCACCGCCAUGGCACCCCUGAUCCCCACCCCGGCACAGGGGGCACCUCCGUGGCCCUUCCUGGGUUUCCAGCAGCAGGAAAUAAAGAGAGACCUGUGGGAACA